AUGGGCUACAUGGGUUGCUGGUGUAGUUCAAUUGGUCGGAAAUACAGUGGAACCGUUUCCCCACAACGGGCGGUAACAUGUGAGCCACUAACAUUCGAAAUGGUUCAUUCAUGGAGUCAAUCAUUCGAUACGCUAAUGAGCUACAAAACUGGCCAGAAGUAUUUUGCCGAUUUUCUCAAAAGUGAGUACUCCGAUGAAAACAUUCUAUUCUGGCAAGCAUGUGAGGAGUUAAAAAGAGAAAGGAAUUCGGAGAAAAUGGAAGAAAAAGCACGGAUCAUUUACGAAGACUUCAUUUCAAUCUUGUCACCAAAAGAAGUCUCCCUCGAUUCAAAAGUACGUGAAAUUGUGAACAAUAAUAUGGGACGCCCAACUCCAAACACAUUCGAAGAAGCUCAAGUUCAAAUAUAUCAGCUAAUGGCACGUGACAGUUACCCACGUUUCUUGACCUCCUCAAUGUACAAAAGUAUGCGUCAGUCCUUCGGAAUCGUCGAGAGUGACGUUGUUGACAAUGAAAGGGAACGAGAGGAAAGAGCUGAACGGGCUGAACAAGAAGAACUUUCUCGUCUCAACAGUACCAAUGCUACGGGAAGCUCGAAAGAAGUCGAUGUGAGUAUUAUUUUCUGA